GGCGCACCGUACAGCGUCGCACACACCUCCCUCCGCUCACAGACCAUGCCUCGCAUACGAAAAAAGACAAGCAAGCGAGGGACCUCGAACCAACGUGGAAGGAUCAAGCACAAGGUCGCGGAGACAAGGAAGAAGAGGAAGAAGGAGGCUAAGAAGAACACGCAAUGGAAAACGAAGAACCCCAAGGAUCUCGGCAUUCCGAACAACUUCCCAUACAAGGACCAGAUUUUAGCGGAGGUCGCAGAGGAACGCAGAAGAACCGUAGAAGAGAAGGAGAAACGCAAGGAGGAGAAGAAAGCAGCCAAGGCUCAGGCAGCAGAGCAGGGCGAGGUCGAUGCCCACGCAGGUUCACAGGGGAAGGGCACGAGCAGCAGUAGUGCCAUCCAGGGGUCCACCGGCGCUGUCGACGACGACAUUCCCGUUCUGGCGAACCGGGACCUACCAGACCUGCGCUCGGUGCUGAAGGAGGCGGACGUUGUCAUCCAAGUGUUGGACGCGCGCGAUCCUCAGCGGUGUAGGAGUACCUCGUUGGAUGAAGCUGCUAAGGACAAGAAGAUUUUGUGUGUCCUGAACAAAGUCGAUGCUUGUCCUCGUGAAGCCGUACAAGAAUGGGCGACCUCUUUGCGAGCUCAAUAUCCUACUGCCCUCUUCCGCUCCGCCUCUGCCUUCCUCCCAUCUUUGAUUGAGCCGGCUGGAAAGGGUAAAGGCAAGGAACGAGCGGACGACGCUUGGGGCGUCGACAGCGCCAUGCAAGUUUUGAGCAAAUGGGCACAGGAGAGGGAAGGCGAUGGUGCACUGGUCGUUGCCGUAGUCGGCGUGACAAACGCGGGCAAGAGCUCCUUCAUCAACUCCCUACUCCGCCAGGCCACCCUCCCUACAUACAAGCUGACCUCCUCACCUGUCGACGGUCCUACAACUACUGCAUAUCCCCAAGAGGUAUCUCUAGAGCUCGAGGGAAAGGCCGUUCGCAUCAUCGACACUCCCGGACUCGCAUGGCUCGCGCCCGACGACCUCUCCGCAGAGGAUUUGGAGCGCAUCCGUGCGCGGGACAUCCUGCAGCGCAACAGGGGUCGGGUUGAGCGCCUCAAGGACCCAGCACCAGUUGUUGCUGAGUUGGUCUCACGCGCUGACAGAGAAGACCUCAUGCUCUUCUACAACCUGCCCGCUUUCGCGGCGGGCGACUCAAAUGCAUUCCUGUCUGGCGUCGCUCGCGCGAACGCAUUAAUCAAGAAGGGUGGCGUUCUCGACCUCGGUGUCGCAUCCCGCAUCGUCCUGCGCGACUGGAGCACGGGCAAGUUCCCGCGGUACACCAGACCCUCGCUCGCCUCCGCUCCGUCCGCUCCGUCCGCUCCGUCUCCUGACUCGAGCUUCGCGGAUGUGUACGCGAAGAACGACGAGAUCCUAUCCCGCUUGGAAACGCGUAAGGAGAUGCGGAAGUCCCGCGGGUCAGUCAAGAUGAGCCCUGGGGAGGUCGAGAGUAGGGAGGUCGCGCUGGGGGUUCCUUACUUUGGCAACGAGGACGAGGACGAGGACGACGAGGGUGACGAUGGCGAAGUGGACCAGUUGGACCAGUCUAGCGAGCAGGAAGGUGAUGAGGAUGAGGAGGCCUCUGACGAAGACGAGGACGAUGAAGAGGAAGAGGAUGAGGAGGAUGAGGAGCCCGCGCCCGCUGCAGGCAAGCGCAAACGCGCCGCACAGAAGUCUCCUUCCCGUCCCGCUAAAAAGGUUGCAUUCGCGGCGGAGCCCAAGGGUACCAAGCAGGCACGAUCUGCAGCGGGCGCAGCUGGCUCUAAGCUCUCCGCCGCUCAAGCGAAGAGCCCUCAAGCGAAACCCCAAGCAAAAGCCAAGGUCGCCCCUCAUGCAAAGCCCACUAAAGCACCGAAGAAGAUGCCUUCCAUCGCCUCUGCGAUGAAGAAAAUCGCCAAUCCCAAGAAGGCGACCCAGCCAUCGUCAACGACGAAGGAUGGCGAGGAGACGUACGAUUUCAGCAAAUUCUUUUAGAUGCUUUCGGUGGACGUGUUCGGUACUAGUCAUGCUUCGGAUAUUCCGCAAAUGUAUGCAAGUUGGAACUACUACCUAAGUACAGGUUGGGCACCAAUGAUCUAGUCCCUAAACCGUCUAUGACUGUCUAUAAGUCGCCACUAUCUACCGUGCAUGGGUAAUAACAUAAUGGGUAUGCGGGUGGAAGAGACAAGUGCUAAUGAUACGGCAACCCAC